UCCUGAGGUCUUCUCGGCUACCCGAUGCUCACCGCACCAAUGCACUCCAUAUCGAGGAUGUUUAUAGUUUUGAAUCGGAAUAUUCACACCAAAACUCAUCUGAAUCGGUGGAUUUUAAAAUCAAACGGGCGAUUCUAGGGUUAUUCAUGUCUCCGUCCUUUUUUACUUUCCUCGUAUCCUCGAUUCCUCUCUCUGUUUGAUGAUGAUGGUAUGCGAGUUACAUCUUUGUUUAUCUUCUGGAAGUGAUAAUAUCUACAUAAUAUCAAUCUCUGCCGGUAAGACUCUAUAAACAAAUGAUUCUAACACCAAUAGUUUAUCGUCUUCAGCUUCUCUCCAAUGCCCGCCAUGGAUCUGGCAUGUUCUGUUCAUUCGCUUCAGGUCUUGCCCCGAACGGUGUUUCCGUUUCCAAUGAUCCCAGAAUCGAGCUGGAGAAUUGUAUCAGACUCCUACGUGAGAAUCCCCGUCGCCAAGGUCCAGAAUCGUUUGCACUUUUCAAGUCUGCCGUUGAUUCUGGAUUCAAUCCAUCAGCUUCGUCCUGUAAUUCCCUUAUCGAUGCACUCGCGAGGUACAGGGAGUAUGAUUUGUCUAUUUCCGCAUACAAGUGGAUGAUUCAUUUGGAAUUUUUGCCAAAUUACCGAUCAUUAAAUGUGUUAAUGGACUGCUUCAUCUAUGCCCGGAAGCCCAAAUUCGCCUUUGGAGUCAUAGGGUUAGUGUUGAAGUUGGGUUACACCCUAAACAUAUUCCACUUGAACCUCAUGCUUAAGGAAUUGUGCCGGGCCGGCGAGGUCCUCUGGGCGACGGAGUUGUUUCGGGAAAUUGGGAGAAUUGUGAUGUCUCCGAGUGUAGUUUCUUAUAACACUAUCAUCAAUGGGCUUUGCAGAGCAAACAAGUUGGAAGAAGCUAUGGAGUUGCGGGUUGAAAUGGAGGCAAAGAACUGUUUCCCCGAUGUGGCUACUUACAGCAUUCUCAUGAAUGGUCUCUGUAAGGAGGGUAGAGUUAAUGAUGCAGUGGGUUUGUUAGACAAGAUGCAGGAGAAGGGUCUCAAUGCAGAUGUUGUUGUGUAUAGUACACUUAUAAAUGGACUUUGUCGUGAGGGAAAUGUCAGUAAGGGUAAGGAGCUGUUCCAUGACAUGUUGGACAAAGGAAUUUCUCCAAAUGUAGUUACUUAUACUUGCUUGGUGCAUGGGCUUAGCAAGAUGGGGCACUGGAAAGAGGCCACAGAAAUGUUAAAUUUCAUGAUGGAAUCUGGGAUUGUUCCUACUGUUGUUAUAUAUACAGGUAUGAUUGAUGGCCUAUGCAAGGAUGGGAAGUCUACUGAAGCUUUGAAAUUGAUGGGUUUGAUGAUGGAGAAGGGUGUAGAACCCAACAUUAUAACCUAUAAUGUCUUAAUUAAUGGACUAUGCAAACAGGGUAUGGUGUCUGAUGCAUUGAAUUUUUUGGACACCAUGAAACAAAGGGGGAUAAUGCCUGAUGUAGUUACCUACAAUACAUUGAUUUGGGGGCUUUGUGAUACUGGGAAGGUUGACGAGGCAGUAGAGAUACUCAAUAAGAUGGUCAAAGGUGUGUAUAAUGUUGAGCCGGACACUAAGACAUUUAACACGUUGAUCCAGGGACUUUGCAAUGAAGGCCGUUUUGAUGAGGCCAUGGGGGUUCAUCAGGAGAUGGUUAAGGAGAAGAACCUCAGUAAUUUGUUCACUUAUUCCAUGCUAAUUGGUGGGUCUUUAAAGACACAAAAUGCCAGAAAGGCUACGGAGCUUUGGCAAGAGAUGGUUGGCAUGGGAUUUGUUCCAAAUGCCUUCACCUAUAAUAUCAUGAUAGAUGGAUUCUGCAAAAUGGGAAUGAUUGGUUCUGCGAAAGGAAUUCUUUCUGAAAUGAAAGCUCAGGGGCUAUGUCCAUCUCGGUUUGAUUACAACACACUGAUGGCGUCUUUGUGCAAGGAGGGUAAUCUAGAGAAUGCAAUGGGUGUGUUUCAAGAAAUGAAGGAUUCAAACUGUGAACCCGAUGUGAUCUCAUUUAAUAUUAUAAUUGAUGGAACCCUUAAAGCUGGGGAUUUUCAAGCAGCAAAGGAAUUGCUUGUGGAAAUGCUUCAAAGGGGUUUGGCUCCUGAUAUAAUAACUUUUUCCACGUUAAUAAAUUGGUUUUCAAAGGCAGGGCUGAUGGAUGAGGCUAAAAAUCUAUUCAAGACUAUGACUGCCCGUGGCCUGUCGCCGGAUGCUAUUGUAUAUGACUCUUUAUUAUAUGGUUUUAGCUUGAAGGGUAAAAAAGAUGAAGUCAUCAGCUUACUUCAUCAAAUGGCAGCUAUGGGUGUUGCUCUUGACGUGGGACUAAUUUCUACUAUUUUGAAAUGUCUUUGUAUGGGUGAAGAAAAUCCCAAGGUCAUGGAGUUAUUCCCUACUUUUUCACUUGAUGCAUCAAAAGAAGUAAAAAUCUCGUGCCAUGAGUUGUUGACGAGACUCCAUAAAUUGCAGCCAAGGCUUCAAAUACAGCAUGCUUGAUAUUUUUGAACCCUCUGGUGAUAUAUAGAUGCUUGCAAUUGCCAUGUUUCUUCUUGUGUGGUGAUUGUUUAGAUAUACUAAUGCCCCACACCAUCCUUCCGGAAAUGUUAGAUCAAGCCCUUCGCAUCUGGUACAAGAUGCCUCUAUUCAAUCAGAUGAAUGAGUGAAUGGACAAUGUUAAUCCAUAGCUACAAUAGCUAAUGCCAAAGCAUGUAUAUUUUUGUUAGUUGAAAAGAGUGCCCAUAAGAGGAUAGGUCUGUUGCUCUAAGUGGGAGAUAAAGUGGCACAUUAGAGAUAACACCAUAUAAAGGCUUUUACCAUUUGGCCAGACAUCAAUGGCAUCCGUCUCUUGUAGCUGGAGUCACAUUUUAGAAGCUGCAAGUGUUCAACAUUCGGAAAAGUUCUCUCUGCCUCUCCAUUUUGUUAAGCAGAAUUACUCUUUUGUUGUCUCUUCAUUUUGUUGGCCAGUCCGUAGCUGACCAAGCCCACAACUAAAGUUAGUGGGAGCUAAUAUAUGUAUCAAAAGGGGUAUGAGGUGGGUUGUGGUACAUACAUGCGUCAAUAUCUUGACAACUGAAUUUGGUGGAAAAAAGUUAGUUAAAGCAAUGGAGAUAGAAUGGUGGUGAAGAAUCAUGGAUAUCAGUCCUCAUCAAAUUCAAUUUGUUCUGGUCUGAUAAGAUAAAUGCAGGAUUCCUUUAUAAUUGGUCCCACUGUUCUUAUUAAAGAGGCACUGGUACAACCUCAUUAAUGAAGAGGAAGACUACUGCAAGGUCUCUCUUCUAUGGCUUUUGUGACUGUGAGCAGUUAAUUUAUUUAUUUCUUUUCUUGGCAAUGGUGAUGGUGAUGGCAGUAUCAUUUGCAUGCUAAUGAAAAUGGGCACAGUGGAUGUUCUGAUAAAGAAAUAUUUUAUGAAGCUAGUUUUGUUUUUUCUGUUUGCAGGGACCUGCUUUAGAUAUCCCCACCUCAAAUCCAAACUGCUUUGCUGAUUGGUCAUAUUGGAUAAUCUCAAUCAUUUAUGUGAUGGUUUGAUCAUUUGCUUGGGUUGAUUUUUUAGUUGGGAUAUGUAACUGUAACUGUGUAGUGUUUUUUCAACUGACAAACUAGGACAUGUUUGAUACAGGUUGAAAAAUUUGUGGUCUAAGUGUGUUGAAGAAGAUGACACGGAGGUGAUCCUGGGAUUCAUGAGGAUGUUUUUUGUGGGCAUAGUAGUUUGGUCAGUUGUAAGGCCUGUAUUAUCAACUGGUGGGUUCCUUCCGGUUGGCAGUGAUGUGGCAUAGAUUUUCUCCUGACCUUCAGACAUGGUGCAUGCAAUGAACCAUAAGGUACUGAAAUUAUGGGGAAAUCUCAGACACACUGCAGAAUGGACCUGCAUCAGCAAACAAUACUCUAAGACCAUGUGACAGGAAUAGAUGGGCUCAUAUCUUGUCAUGUUCAUUCUACAUGCGAACCAAGUCAUAUGCACCGUUGCAUUCGAGGAAUGUAAGUAUAUGGAAUAGAAUCCCCAUACAAGCUUUAGAGUGUAGGUUGUGAUUUUUCCCAGAUGGUGUAGGAUAUAGCUAAUGAAGCGAAAGGUGUUUAUCUUAUUGAAACUCUUCUAUACUUUCUUAGAAUGCAAAUCUCAUAAUUUAAUGCUCCAUAAGGGGUGAAGUAAAGUAAUAUCCAAUUAAAACUGUUGACGACUGAAUAAGAAAAUAAUGAAUUUUUGCUUCCUUGA